ACUAUGUCUUUCCUCAGGACGGUUUUAAAUGACUCUGCCAUCAUUCAUCCUCCAGGCUUCUAUAUCAUCGGAUUUCAGACGUUUCCCUACAUCAGCAUCUACUUUGUCUUUCUAGCAUUUGUCUAUGUGGUUACACUAGUGUUCAACAUUUUAUUGAUGUAUGUGAUUGCUCUUGACCACAGCUUACACACUCCAAAAUUUCUGGCUGUGUUCAACCUCGCAGUAAUUGAUGUGAUCUUGAACACGAGCACUAUUCCCAGCAUGAUUAAGACGUUCCUCUUUAAGGACAAUUUCAUUCCAUUCAACCUAUGUCUAUUACAAAUGUACUUCUACUAUGCUUUUGCAUCACUGGAGUCAUAUGCGCUUGCUAUACUUGCCUAUGACAGAUUGAUCGCAAUAUGUUUCCCUCUGCGUCAGAAUUUACUCAACACAUUGCCGAUCAUGUCUUGUAUUGUAGGUGUGACUUGGGUUUACAGUCUGGGAAGAAUAGCAUACAGCACGGCAAUCAUGACUCGACUGUCUUUUUGCAAUUCUGUCAGAGUGUUCAGUUAUUUCUGUGACUACGCCCCUGUGUUUAGACUCGCCUGUAAUGAUUACUCAUUACAGUGGUCCAUGGCUUCUGCCUCAAGUAUGGUCAAUCUGGUGGUCCCCUUUACUUUUAUUGCUCUGUCCUACGUCAGCAUCAUCGUGACCGUGUUCAGGAUGAAAUCAGUGAGCAGUAGGGUGAAAGCUCUCACCACUUGCAUUGAGCACCUCAUCCUUGUUGCUAUAUUUUAUAUUCCUUUAUUCAGCAUUUUUUUAAUUGGGCUGUAUAUCGGAGCCAUUGACCCAGACCAUCGUGUGCUGAGCCUCUCGAUGGCCUCUUGCCUCCCCCCCUGCAUUAAUCCUAUUGUAUAUUCCUUUAAAACAAAAGAGAUCAAAAAUAGAGCCCUGGCACUGAUCUGGAGAAUGAAAAUAAACCCUUGA